AUGCCGCUGACGCAGCCCCUGCGUUGCAGGCUACGUCCUCUCCACUUAAGGGUUUCUAGUAUUGGACCCCCCCACCGCCGUAUACUUACCUCUGCGCCCUUCUUAAAGAAUCCCGCUUCCUUUCUUUUUCACUCGAGACCACGAUCUUUACCUCCUGCACUGACCAUGACCCAAUCUCGAGGCCAUGGCAGCCAUGGCCAUCAUGGCCAUCACCAUCACCAUGACAAUACCUACCUCACCUCCUCAAAUAAAAGCGACGCCGGAGUUCGCAUAACUCGGAUUGGUCUCGCUGCGAACCUGUGCAUGGCCAUUGGCAAGUUUAUUGGUGGCUACGUCUUUCACUCCCAGGCCCUGAUCGCCGACGCCUAUCACGCGCUCACCGACCUGGUCUCCGAUUUCUUGACCCUGGGAACGGUCGCAUGGUCCCUCAAACCCCCCAGUGACCGAUUCCCCAAUGGCUACGGAAAGGUUGAGAGCAUCGGCGCGUUAGGAGUCAGUGGCCUGUUGCUCUUUGGAGGCAUGUUCAUGGGUCUCAACUCGGGGCAAGUCCUGUUGGCUCAGUUUUACCCCGAGAUUGCUGAAACGGUCGCGCACUCCGGCAUGCUGGGACACGGCCAUUCGCACAGCCAUGGUCCGAUUGGUCCCAGCAUUCACGCCGCCUGGUUGGCGGCGGGCUCGAUUGUGGUUAAGGAGUGGUUGUACCGGGCCACCAUGAAGGUGGCCGAUGAGCGCAAGUCGUCGGUCCUUGCCUCCAACGCCGUUCACCACCGCAUCGAUUCCUUGACGAGCAUUGUCGCGCUGUUUACAAUUGGUGGAAGCUAUGUCUUCCAAGACGCUACCUGGCUGGAUCCAGUUGGUGGACUCCUGAUCUCCUUGAUGGUGAUCAAAGCCGGGUGGGGCAACACCUGCACUUCUCUUUUGGAACUGGCGGAUACUGCGGUCGACGAGGACGUCCGAAGCUCGGUGGAGGAGGCCACCUCCAAGGCCUUGAAGGAAUUGGAGGACGGCCACGAAGUGAUUGUGCGCGACGUGCAGGGCAUGAAGUCUGGACAGAAUUACUUGAUGGAUGUUGAGCUGGCAGUGCCAGGGGCUUGGGCUGUCAGUCGGUCGCAUUCCAUUGAAACGGCAGUGCGCACCGCCAUUGGAGCUGAUGUUCGCGGAGUGAAGCGCAUCAAGGUCCGCUUCAUUCCGGUAGAGCACCAGGAGCUCACCUUCUCGGAUGAGUUCGUUGCACAGGACAUCGGCGGGGACCCUGAGGCCCACAGCCAUCACGAUCACAGCCAUCAGAAACAACAAUAG